UGAAGUAAGGUUGGCCAACCAUGUUUUUGAAUAAUAUCAAUGGCUAAACAAUUAUAAGCAUAUUUUCAUUAUUUUUUUUUACGCAACCCUUCCAGAUUCUUUGUUUAACCCAUAGCAACGCCCUUGACAACGAAAAUGCUUUUCUUCGGCAAUCUUCGGAAAUCUUCGGAAAUUACGUCACACCGGGAAGUGCGAGGGAAGUCCGCCAUAGAACAGUAUUGUUUGUUGCAUUGUUUCUCGGUAAGAUGCCACGGCGGUGUGUGGCGAUGUUUUGUUCUCACUCAAACGAAAAGUUGUAUGAGUGGCCAAAGGAUAGCAGGGCACGUAAAUGGACAUCUUUCGUUCGCACGAAGCGAAUGAAUUUCAUGCCAUCAUCGAGUAGUGUUCUCUGCUGCAAACACUUCGAAGAUGCCUGCUUCCUAAACCGGUCUGCUUAUGAUCAAGGAUUUGCCAAAAAGUAGUUCAUUCACAACAUCUGAGUGAGACGCCUCAAUCGCCCUGGUUUGCUGCUCAGCCCUCAGGAACAAUCUUGUGUGGACAUUGCACCUGCAUGGCUGGUUUGGGUGAAACAUGUUCACAUGUCACUUCUGUAAUGUUUGCUGUAGAAACUGCUGUAAAGAUGAAAAAUGACACUACCAGCACUUCAGUUUCUUGUAGCUGGCAAGCCCCUUCACAAACCCAAAAUGUUGAGUAUUCCAGAUCAUCAGACAUGGACUUAACAAGCCCAGCAGCAAAAAAGCGGAAAUGUGCUGGGGAGUCUGUUACGUCAGUAACCCCAGGUGAACAGGAACUGCAACCCCCUCAGGAUUAUACUGACUUUUACCGAAAAUUGCACUUUUCUGGUGUCAAGCCAGUGGUACUGUCAGUCUUACCCGAUUACUGUAAGGAGUUUGUCCCCAAGACUGUUAAGUUGGACUUGCCGAAACCAGUGUCUUCUGUCUUCAUGGAGAUACAUGCGUCUAAGUCAUUGGAUGAACUUACAGCGGAAGCUAGUACAGAUGAUUCUCAGAUCAGUGCCGGAGAACAGUCAACUACAAAAUCCCGGUUUUUGAAUCGGGCCGGCCGUAUUACAGCUAGUAACUUUAAAGCUGCAUCUCGGACAGAGAUAGAAAAUCCCUCCAACUCACUGAUUCAGAGGAUAUGCUACCCUGAUGCAUUCAAAUUCACAACAGAGGCUACAAGGUAUGGAUGCAGUCAUGAAUGGAAAGUGAGGAAAGACUAUGAAAUGAUCACUAAGCCAAAACAAAGAGACAUGAAAGUGACAGAGAGUGGAAUCUACAUCCAUAAGGAGUUUCCUUACUUAGAUUCAACAAUCGAAAGUGCAGUGCAAGAUAAAAAUGUCUGCAUAGAUGGGCAUUUCGGAUGGAAAGCAGACCAUACAUACUCGUACCAGAUCGAGUGUCAGCCUGGUGUGACUGGCCGGAGCUACCGGGACCGGAGUUUGUUGACAGACGCCACAGUGGAAGAUCUUCACCUGGAGAAGCACGAUCCCCCUGACGUUAAAGAGGAGGAGUUGGAGAUGCUGUACAUCAAACAGGAGGCGGAAGAAGAACAGGAAGAUGAAAUCUGCAAGUUUCCAAGGACUGUUAGUGUGGAGAGUGAAGAAGAUAACGGUCCGAGCCAAGCAUUAAAACUAGCUAGCAGUAGCUUGUUUCAGCACCUGCCAACGAGAGGUGAGGGACGAUCGCCACCGGACGACCUCUUAAAGCCACUGUCGGACAGCGACGACUUAACAUCACACUCUUCUGACUUCAACACGGAUGAGGAGGAUGUUGACUUCAAUGCUUCGAAAUCCUUAAACAAGUCAUCACUGCAAAGAAACACAAAAGAAUACUCGGGUGGGAAACCUUUUUCCUGCUCACAGUGCAAUAAAACAUACGCUCAAAAGGAAAAUCUAAUCAUACAUUCGCAUACACACACUGAAGAAAAAGCUUUUCUCUGCACAUUUUGUGGUAAAAGAUUCAACAGGAAGGGAAAUCUUAAUAGACACACCAAAAAUCACACUGGGGAGAAGCCUUUUGUCUGCACAUCAUGUGGUAAAAGAUUCCGCGCCAAAACAGGUUUAAAAAAUCAUACAAUAACACACACUGGGGAGAAGCCUUUUGUCUGCUCUCUUUGCAAUAAAGCAUUUGUUUCGAAGCGAGCGUUGACAAAUCACACAAAUGCACACAAUGGAGAAUAUCCAUUUGUCUGCACACUUUGUGGUAAAAGAUUCAUCCAGAAGGGAAGUUUAAAAGUACACACAAGAAAACACACCGGAGAGAAGCCUUUCGUCUGCUCACUUUGCGAUAAAAGAUUUUUUACCAAGUAUGAGUUAACAAGACACAAAUGUAAACACACUGGAAAAAAGCCUUAUGUCUGCACGUUAUGUGAUAAAAGAUAUCGUUUGAAGCGUGAGUUAACAAGACAUGCGCGUAUACACGCCAAGUGAAAGGUUCACCCGGAAGCAAGAAUUAAACGUUUCCGAAAGAAAACACCAAGGAGAAACCUUUCACCUUCACUGUGUGCUGUAACAGGGUACCUGUGGGUUAUUAAAAGUAUUAAAAAAGCAUUGAAUUUAGUUUUCCU